AAUCUCUCGUCGCUAGCCGAAACACAAGGCCCACUUUAGAUGUGUCGGACCAUAUUGCUGCUCUGCCUUUCCCACCUGGGGCUCGCGCUGCUCACGGCAAAGAGUCCUGUCUCCUGCAGCAGCCUGGCUCACGGCAAAGGCGCAGUGGCCCGGCGUGCUCACGCCGCGGCGGCCGCCGGCUACGUGCCUCAGCCGCACAGCUGCGCGUCGGCACGGCUGCGUCCUCGGCAAGUGCAGCUGGUUAUGCAGCUCUCCGAGGACGAGAUCAAGCAGAAGCUGUCUGCGCUGCGGCGUGGUGGCCGGCGGCUUGCCACCUCCCCUGCCGUCACCUCACCUUCCACCGCCGCCGCCUCGCCUCUUGACGGCGCCGCCUCAGCCGACGUCGCCGCCUCACCACAAGCUUCGGCAGCGCCAGCGGCGCCGGCUCCAAAUAUCGUCGGCGGUACCGUCCUCCCCACCGACGGCCCUGCGCCGAUCGAGCGGCUGCGGACGGCGGUCGCCUCGCGACGCGCAGAAGGCGAGCCGCUCGACGAGGGCGCGGCCGGGCGGGUGGUGGAGUUCCUCAACGCGGAGCUGGGCGACGAGAUGCUGGGCUGGCUGCUGCGCUGGACGGAGGUGGGAGACAAGGCGCGGCGGCGGAACAUGUGGAGCCGCGGCUCCUGGACCCCGCGCACGGCGACGCUGACCUCGGUCUCCGGCGCCGCGCUCUCCUUUCGGGUGGGGGUGGCGGUGCGGGGGCGCAAGGAGCUGGAGCACGUCGAGAGCGAGCUCCCCCUCCCGCACGCCGUCGAGACGGUGGACGGGCUGCGGGACGAGCUGCUCCGCCUCUCUGCCGAGCCGGCGGACAAGGGGAGCGAGCCGGCGCUGGCCCCGGGCAGCAGCGCCGCCCUGCUUCGGCUGCCUGGCGCGACGGACGACUGGUCGCUGCCGAGAGACCUGUGGCUCAACACCACCCCGUACCCGCGCGAGGUGAGGGAGAUGGUCUACUCCGACGUCGCGGCGGCGGUGCAGGCGGCUGUCGCCGACCCGGCCUGCCCGCGCCGGAUGAAGCUGCUUGUUGCGCCGCCCGAGCUGAACAUGGAGAUGGACUCGUACCGGGUAGGAAGCAUGCUCGAGCUCGUGCGCAAGGUCUCGCUCGACCUCGCGGCGUGCGGCCUCCACACUCGCGUGUGCGUGCAGGGCUCGAUGGGCGAGGGCGUGCUCGCGGGCGUCCCUCGCGUGCUGGCGGGGGUGAGCAAGCUGCUUGGUAUGAUGGACUGGCAGGCGGGAGAGGGCGAGCCGAACGAGGGCUUGCUCGGAGCCGGUGCCGCCGACGCCCUCGUCCGGUUCGGCGCCAUCGGUGGGGAGGAGGUGGCGCCGGACGACGACGUGCUCCUCGUCCUCGCGCCGCAGUCGAUGGUGGGCGCUCCGAUUGUGCCGCCGCUCGAGGCGCUGAGCGAGGCGGCGGUCUCGCAGGGCUCCGCCGUCGUGCUGAUCAACCCGCUGCUGCAGGACCGCCAGUCCAGCUCCGGGGUGAUGGGCGUGCGCGGCCGCGCCGAGCGGCUGGCCUUUGCGGAGAGCUUCGCCGAGAUCUACCACUUCCGGCUCCUCUACUCGGGGACUACCUUCAUGUACCCCAUCCUCGGCGCGCUGCGCAUGGCGCGCCAGGACGGGCGGCGCGUCCUCUACCGGCGGCUCGAGGGCGGCGGCGGCGAGCAGUACCUCCCUGUCGGCUGCUGGGUCGGCCGCGAGCCGACCCCGCGUGAGAUGUCCGAGCUGCUGCCCAGCACGGUGGGAUCGGGCGAGGCGCGCGGGGAGAGCGCGGCCGCGCCCCCGGGGUCUGCCACGGGGUCUGCGGACGAGAGGAUGCCGUGGGACUGAUUGUGACACUGAUACUGGUGCAGACGUGAGCGUGCGUGUGUGGAUGUGUCUCACAGACAGCGGCCGAAGCCCGGCAGCUCGGGUGGCACAAGUGCCUAGCGGCCAUUAAAUAAUACGGAAGCGGCUUUAUCAUGUGAGCAUUCGUGCAUAAAUCAGAUACCAGACCUCGGUUUCCCAUAGCGCAUAGGGUUUCUGCUGCGGUUUCCCAUGGCGGUUUCCCAUAGCCGAAAAACCAGGCUCCAGGGUCGGUCGGUUUCUGCGGCGCGCUCUGUUUUUUCUGGGAUCUGGUUCGGCGGCCAGAGCGUCAGUAGCAAAAAGGGGUGGCGGAGGCGAGGGGUGGUGGCGAUGCCGGAGGCGGUGGCGGUGCCGUGUGGAGAGUGACGCGACGCGGCCGAGCCUUGUUGUUCGUCAACCAUCCUUGCGGCUCGGAGAAGAUCUGCAGCAUAGAAGUCUGUCCACAAGCAAGGGAAUCGCGCCAGCAGCCAGAGCUCGAUGUGCCAUGAAUAUCGCCAGGAAGAGGGCGGGUGGGGGCGAUUGAAUCAUGGCGCGAGGCGCGCUGGCUCCAUGGCAGCACGUUGAAGCAGAGCAGGUGGGGACGAGGACGCGCGUGAUAGAGCGAGUCGAGAUACACUCCGGCGAGGCGACAGCAGAUCCAGCUGCUCGCCCGCCACGCCGCCGACGAGACGGCGCACGAGACGACGCUCUUCUCGAUGAAGAGCUCGUCGAGAUAUACUCUGGCGAGGCGACAGCAGAUCCAGCUGCUCG